AUGGCGUCGCAAGGCUAUGCCACCGGCGCCGACCAGCAGGCCGACGCCCUGCGCCGGAGGAACGUCGCCAAUGGCGAGGACCAGCCUGCCUUCGUCAGUCCGCAGACCGAAGAGAAGACCAAGCAGAAGACCAAAUCCGUCCUCGACACCAUCGACGAGUACGAAUAUAUCUGGGCGCCCAUUCUAUUCACCGCUGCUGCCUUCUUCACGCGCAUGUACAAGAUCGGCCUCUCGAACAUCGUCACCUGGGACGAAGCUCACUUCGGCAAGUUCGGCUCCCACUACCUCAAGCGCGAAUUCUAUUUCGAUGUCCACCCGCCGCUCGGAAAGAUGCUGGUUGGCCUCUCGGGCUACCUGGCUGGUUACAAUGGAUCCUUUGAGUUCAAGUCCGGCGAAGUCUACCCCGAGGAGCUCAACUACACCUUCAUGCGUGCCUUCAACUCGACCUUCGGUGCUCUCUGCGUUCCCCUGGCAUACUACACGGCCAAGGAGCUGAACUUCCGCAAGCCGGCGUGCUGGCUGGCCGCGCUGAUGGUCCUGUGUGACAACUCGCUCGCGACCAUUAGCAGGUUCAUCCUUCUCGACUCGAUGCUUCUGUUCUUUACCUUCACCACCGUCUUCUGCUGGGCCAAGUUCCACCGCCUCCAGUAUGAUCCUUUCUCGCCCGAGUGGGGUCUCUGGCUUAUGCUGUGCGGUGUCUCCAUUGGCUGCGUCUGCAGUGUCAAGUGGGUUGGUUUCUUCGCUACCGCUCUGGUUGGUCUGUACACUAUCGAGGAUCUCUGGAACAAGUUCGGAGACCUUAGGAUGCCCAAGGUCGAGCUGGCUGCCCACCUCGGUUUCCGUGUCUUUGCGCUCAUCAUGAUCCCCAUGAUGGUUUACCUGUUUUCCUUCUGGCUCCACUUCCUGAUCCUGGAAAACAGCGGUCCCGGCGACGCUCAGAUGAGCUCUCUCUUCCAGGCCAACCUUCGCGGUACCGAGGUUGGAAAGGACAGCCCUCUGGAGCUUGCUAUCGGAUCUCGCGCCACCAUUAAGAAUAUGGGCUACGGCGGCGGCCUUCUCCACUCGCACGUUCAGACCUACCCCGAGGGUUCCCAGCAGCAGCAGGUUACCUGCUACCACCACAAGGAUGCUAACAACGACUGGUUCAUUUACCCUAACCGCUUCGAGCCCGACUACAACGUUGGCGAAGAGCCCAUGAGGUUCCCCCAGGACGGUAGCAUCAUCCGUUUGAUCCACGCCCAGACUGGCCGUAACCUCCACUCGCACCAGAUUGCUGCCCCUGUCACCAAGGCCGACUGGGAAGUCUCAUCCUACGGAAACGUGACUAUCGGCGAUACCAAGGACCACUGGCAAAUCGAGGUCGUCAAUGACGCUGCCACUCGCGACUAUUCCAAGAUCAGGACCUUGACUACUUCUUUCCGUCUGAAGCACCCCGACCUUGGCUGCUAUCUCCGCGCAGGCAAUGUCAACCUUCCCCAGUGGGGUUUCAAGCAGAUCGAGGUUACCUGCACCAAGACCAACAACCCCAGGGACGUGUACACCCACUGGAACGUCGAGAGCCACUGGAACGACAGGCUUCCCGCUGGUGACCCCGGUGCCUACAAGUCGCCUUUCUUCCGUGACUUCAUUCAUCUCAACGUUGCUAUGAUGACCUCGAACAACGCCCUUGUCCCUGACCCGGACAAGCAGGACGAUCUUGCCUCCGCGCCCUGGCAGUGGCCCAUUCUCCACGUCGGUCUGCGCAUGUGCGGCUGGGGUGACGAUACCGUCAAAUACUUCCUCCUGGGCAACCCCUUCGUCUACUGGUCUUCCACCGCCUCUCUCGUCGGUGUCGGCCUCGUCGUCGCUUGGUACCUUAUUCGUUGGCAGCGUGGAUAUGUGGAGCUCAAGCCUGCGGAAAUCGACCAGAUUCACUACGCGGGAAUCUACCCCAUCAUCGGCUGGUUCCUCCACUACUUCCCAUUCGUUGCCAUGGCUCGUGUCACAUACGUUCACCAUUACUUCCCGGCCCUCUACUUUGCUAUCCUUUCCUUCUCUUUCCUGGUCGAUUGGUUCACCAGGAACGCGCGCACACAGAUCAAGUGGGCCGUCUACAGCAUCCUCUACGCUAUCACCCUCGGACUUUUCAUCCACUUCCGCGCCAUCACUUUCGGCAUGGUCGGACCAAAUGCGCAGUGGAACCAUCUGAAGUGGUUCAGCACGUGGCGCGUUACGGACGCGUAA